UGUACUUAGAGAGGGAGAGAGAGAGAGUCAAUGUGAGUGCACAUGUGCGAGUGAAUACAGCUGUCACACAGUGGGAGGAAUACUUUAAAUCUGCAAAAGAAAGGAAGAAAGUUUAAACUCCAACAUUCUCCUGUCUGGAAACAGAAGCAGCAGCGGAGAUAACGUGUCAGCAUACAAACACAGAUCAUCUACUGGAGGCUCAACUCGUGAACUGUCAUGGCUCCAAGCUUGGCCCAAGCUUUCAGGAGGAGGUGGUGGAUGGCUAUCACAGCCAUCAUAGAGAACCUGCUCUGCUCUGCGGUUCUGCUGGGCUGGGGCUCACUGCUCAUCAUGCUGAAGAAUGAAGGCUUCUAUUCCCACCUUUGUAUCGAAAAUGAAACUGUCGUCACCAACGUGACUUCCACGGAGAGCGACAGCUGGCGGAGUUGUGUGGAGCAGGAAGAGGUAUUGAACCUUGGCUUCACCAUUGGCUCUUUCCUCUUGAGCGCAGCCACUUUACCUCUGGGGAUCUUGAUGGACAGAUAUGGGCCGCGCCCACUGAGGCUCAUUGGCAGUUCAUGUUUCGCAGCCUCCUGUGCAAUGAUAGCUGCAGCUACAUAUGACCCUGAAGUGCUGUCUGGCCUCAUCUUCCUCGCUGUCUCCUUCAACGGUUUUGGAGGAAUCUGCCUGACCUUCACUUCACUCACACUGCCUAACAUGUUUGGGAAUGUACGGUCAACCAUCCUCUCCUUGAUGAUUGGCUCCUACGCUUCUUCAGCCGUCACCUUUCCUGGUGUCAAGGUGAUUUAUGACCUCGGCGUGUCAUUCCACACCAUCAUGUGGCUUUGGUCCGGUCUGGCCGGCUUAGUCUUCGUCAACUGCUUCCUAAACUGGCCUGCUGAAUCCUUCCCUGCACCCGAAGACAUCAGAUACACUAAAAAGGUGAAGCUGAGUGGAGUUGUGACAGAGGACAAGAUUACUGGGGACAGGUACAUCACCCAUGUGACUGUCAUGGAAGACACGAUGGGACCUAACCAGUCAGAAUCCGAGCAGACAGACUCCAAAAACCCAACCCAGGGCUCGGUGCCACUCUGUCAUUCUAUGUGCACUCCCAUCUUGCUGUGGAGUCUCAUCACCAUGGCGAUGACCCAGCUGAGGCUGAUCUUCUUCAUGGGUGCCAUGAACAAGAUGCUGGAGUUCCUGGUCACCCACGGCAACCCCAACCCCUCAGAAGAGCUGCAGAAGGAGGUGGAGGAACAAGUUGGCUUCUACUCAUCUAUCUUCGGCACAAUGCAGCUUCUGUGUCUCCUGACCUGUCCUCUGAUCGGCUACAUCAUGGACUGGAGGUUGAAAGAGUGUGAAGAGGAAAAUGCAAACCCACACACAGAGAAGAGCCAAUCAGAUCCCCCAAAGAGAGACAGAAAGAUCCAGAAACUGACCAAUGCCAUGAGAGCUUUCAUCUUCACCAACCUCCUAUUGGUCGCCUUCGGAAUAAUUUCCUUGAUUGACAACCUGCCUUUACAGAUGGUGUCGUUUGUUCUGCAUACCAUAGUGAGAGGAUUUAUCCACUCCUGCUGUGGAGGUCUCUAUGCUGCUGUGUAUCCAGCCAACCACUUUGGAACACUGACAGGCCUGCAGUCAAUGAUCAGUGCUGCUUUCGCCUUGCUCCAACAGCCACUGUUCAUACUGAUGGUGGGACACCUCAAUGGAGAUCCUUACUGGAUCAAUUUGGGCCUUCUCAUCUUCUCCGUGGCGGGCUUCCUGUUGCCAGGCUAUCUGUUCUAUCACCGUAGAAACCUGAUCAGGGCAAAGGCAGAGCGUGAUAGGCUGGCUGCCAGCCAAUCAGACAAAGAGAAUGCUCCUCUAACCAAAUCAGACAGUGGAACUGCUAAGAGACCAGCCAACGGACAUGCGGCUAAUGGAUACACACCAAAUGGACACACUGCUUAAGAUGAUUGACAGGAGUGAAACGAUCAAUUUAUAUAACACCAUUCAGUCUCAGUCUGAGGAUGUAAAUGCAACCUCAACUCUGGUUUGAAAACUGUGACAUCUAGCAAAAACAAAACAGGACAAAAAAAAA